CGGCGCCGUCACUUCCAGUCAGAGAGUUUGCGGGAAGCGCUGUGCGCGUGCGCCCCACUCCACAGUGCCGAGUUAGCGUCAGGCGGUUAACACCACACAUACAUACCGUAUGUACUUCGUGUGUGUGUGUAGAUGUAUGUAUCGCCACAUUUCCUAGAUGGUCCGGCUAUCGAUCGCUGUUUGGCACUUGCCCUAACGGUCUGUGAAGGCUCUACGGUCUACGGGGACCGUUGUUUUACAGUCGGAGACGGUGGGGGGGGUCACCGUCACUCGUGCUGUGAGGGUCAGCAGUGAGCUGUCGGUUAUCAGGGACGAGAGUGUCCCUCUCAGUCGGAGGUCACUCCACCGGGGGGAGCUCGGUGACCUGUGGGUGACCGGUGGAUGCGCCUAAGGUCGGACGGACACGUGUGAGUGUACAGCAUGGCUUCCGGCAGAGAGGAAGGGACAUUGACAACGCCCGUGUCGCCCGAGCACGACCCAGACAACGAACAUUUCUUCUUCGAGAACGACUACCCUUCAAACCCGCAGCAACGCGGCACCGUGCUGGAAUUCCUGUCGGGUGAGGAGCGCGACUUGUACAGCGAGCACAACGUCAGAUUCUGGAUGAGCUCGGGAACCGCUCCCCACGACAGCCGGCCUUUCGGGAAUAUUAUGAAACACCUGAAGGAAUUGUUUCCUGGUGCCAGCCAUAGCACGUCCAUCAUGAAGUUCCUCGCACACGUGGUCCGCAUCGAAUACCACACGGAGAGCAUCGUUCGUCUGUCGAGCUUCUGCGACCUGGUGCGCUGGUUCGGGCCCUUCAGGGAAAUCGUCUACAAUCAGAAGAAGACGUGCGUGUGCCUGUGCAACCUGGAGUUGCUCAUGAUGGAGUCACAGGUGCUCGUGUCGAAGCAGAAAAUGAGCUGGUUCGCGGGUCACAUGAGCAGUGCGGCGGCGGAGGAGAAACUGCGGGGGCGACCUAGCGGCACCUACCUGGUGCGCUUCUCCGAGUCGGAGCGCGAAACGGGCAGCUUCGCGCUGUCCAUCGUUGUCGCUGGCGGUGGUGGCACGGAGCACGUGACCAUCAAGGGCGACCCCAAGAUGGUGAACUCGGAGGUGGCGGCGGCGAGAGACGAUCCCAACCUGUGGCUGGAGUACUGCGCGGACAGCGACGGGCGCAGGUACCCCAGCCUGCCCGUGCUGAUGAACAAGCGGCUCAUGGAAGACGCCUUCCACGAUGACCACGAGGACACCGCCUGCGAGGCAGCGUGCCCCGACCUGCCGCUCAACGCCAUAUUCAAGGCCUACAAGAACAAGUCCUGAGUCUCACGGCGAUCGGCGGCGGGGGUGAGGCCUGCAUCACGUGGGGCCGUCUGCGUGCUUCGGGAGCAUUCUUGCCACGCGUGCCGGUUGUAAAACGAUCACUUUUUUGCAUCCGUCAUCUCCGUCGUCGUCAGCCGUCGUCCGUACACUGCGUGAGGGUCUCCCCAAGCCGUCGCCAUCUCUCACGGUCUGAGUCCGCACGGAGCCGGCAGCGUCGCGGUGUCCUCCCUGGUGUGUUCCCUUCUUGCCGGGCUGUGAGCGCCCGACUCACGGUAAGACGUUUCGUCCGGCACUGCAAGCGUCCGCAGCUGCGCUGAUCGAGUACCGGAGGGGAGUAUUUUCGACCUCACAGCCACUGCGUUUGUAGUUUUAGCGCCACGCUCCCGUCACUUCUCGCACUGCCAGGGGCGUAUUACCGAGGCGGAAGUGGCAGAGGUGUGAAUGUUAACUUUUUGUUUGACCACCAAAGUUAUUUUUUUAUUUCCUCUUUGGCUCUCGGUAAGGAAUAGGUUCCCCACUCCUUGCGUACACCUCUCACACCUCUUGCCAACACUGAACUCGACCCAUUCAACAGGGGCGCAACUAUGGGGUAUGGCAGCGAAUGCGACGCAUCGGGGCACAGUUGGCCACAAGGAGGCCCCGAAGCAACAGAUAAACAAGUAACAAAAUGUGAAGAAAACGUAUUUAGAAAAAUAUGAAUACAAAAUUAUCUGCGAUCUACCGUGGACCAAGCCCAUAUCAAUAGAGCAGCAUCAAAUUGUUUGAUCCACCUCUUUGAGGAAAUCCUAGAGCGAUGGGCUGGCAUGUAAGAUGCAACGAUUACUUAAUUGUGAGUAUUGAAACCUUUACAUCUUUUGUUAUUAAAAACGUCACCGUGAGACUGUUGUUGUGAGAUACGCACAACAACAACAAAGAAUACUAGCCUACAUAUUAUUGUAUACGGGGUCAAAAACGAUCCGUAGCUAUUUCAGUAAGAGUGAGUCGGGAGAAAGGAUCUUACAUAGCCCCCCCCCCCCCCCCCCCCCCCAUUGAAAUAGGGAGUUGCGCCCCUGCCAUUUAACUUCAUUCACACUCUCAACCGACGUCACCCUCGCUGAACCUCACUCUUACUUCCCGCUCGCCUGCCCUUUCUACAUAUGCAUGCACGUUGAACUUCCUUCGCACCGUACGUACCACGUUUGCAAGCGAGACUUCUCCUGGCCUCCUGAGUCCUCGCCUGGUCAAACAAAACAAACCCGACUUGAUUCUGCCACGCUCACCCUUACCGGAGGUGGUCCUCACCGGCAACGUAUGUGCCUCACCCCACGCUACCGCUCCAUCACUUGCACUCAUUGAUCUCUGGCUGUGCCCUCACCAGCUUCAUUCGAUGCUCACCCAGUCUCACCUUUUCCGGCGUUGCCUGCAUUACUUUGCUUUUAUCCCUCAGAACCUGCAAGCAGAAUUCAAAUCAGAAUAUGUAUUUAAACUGCCAUUCGAUGAGCUAUAAAGCUCUUUUUCACAGAUGUCCAGUAGGGGCCGGUUAGAAUGUUACUACAACAAACAUUGCUGUGGUUGUUCCACCUGAUGACGAUUGCUUGUGUUGCGAUUGAAACGUCGUGAUUUGUUUUAUUGCUACCUACGUGACUUUACCUGAAAGAACCAAAGAGUUAUGGAUCCCUGCAGUCACAAAAACUUCAAAUCAAGAUUGAACACGAUAGUAGUUCAAAGUACAAGCGAGGUAAACAAACCAACUAAACACAAACAAAUACAACAACUCAACCAUCCCCAUCCUACCAGGCAAAGCCCACUGAGGGAUUAACUCAUUUUUUAGAAGCCACACAAUCGGGCCUAACUUCCUUGCUAAUGUUAUCCACCAACUUUGCUAUUCUUACCCAAGGCAUGCUUUUUCAACGGUUUUAUUUAACUUCACUUGUGUUUGUCGUGGUCAAAUCUUGUAAUUAAAAGUUAGUCUACUUCCUGUUGUCCAAUCAAUUCCAAAUUUUGCACACGUACUCAGAUCCGGUGGCAAUUCAUCAAGUAAUUGCCUCCUUUCAAGCAAUUAACAUUUUUGUAUGGACGGCUUAUUAAUUAUAUAUUUUUGUGUAGGUCAAAAACGCCGCGGUCCCUAAACUGUGGAAUUGGCUCGCACAAAAAGCAGGCGCCACGUGUCUCAGGCGCCAUUGACGUACUUCUCAUAGACCGUGAGUUAAACGAAGUUGUUAAUAAAAACGUUGUUUUAAAAAAACAUUUUUUAAAAGAGUUAAUUUUAUAACAUAAAUUCAAGUCGGCUUUUUUGAGUUCAGUAUUUGGUGAUACUGGUGCUGAUACUGGAUAUCUUUGAGAAAAAGCUUUAUAGCUCAUUGUAUUCCUCCAGUAACACAUUCGUUAGGAACAAGAAAUUUAACCGGUGACGUUUUGGGCAAUGACCCUUCUUCAGAGCACAGUGAGGUUGAGUGAUGUUGCCCAACAUAUACUUUUUAAGGUCACGUUGUUAUUGACGAACGUCUGGAGUUUUUAAAAUUAAUUUUGAGUUCACUUUCUACGAAGUAUUGGAGGCCGGUUCUUGAUUUUGCAUAUUGGUGAGCGUGAUGUUUCCAGGUUUAUCCCGUUAAUAUGAUGUACAUGCUUGAUGUUGCACUCAGGUGGGUCGGUUUCACCUCGUGGUAGCGUACAUGACUGGCGGUUAGCAAAGCUGUGAGAACCAAGAGCAGUACUCGCGGCCCAUAUAAUCGUCAUUAUUGUUACCAUGUUUUUUUUAAAUCAAAAAAUGUCCAGUGCAAGUGUGUAUUUUUUGUACCUGUGCAUAACAUUCCGCGUAUCGUCGUAAUCAUCGUGUAACUUGCCACUGCUGGAGCAACGCCCUCUCCCCGUUGUCUCCCGUUGUCUUCCCUUGGUUGACCUUGUGCGGUGGCAGCAGCCACAGGAGCUUCCUUGAGUGUUUGGACUUCAUCUUCCUGGCAUCUCGCUUCCGCCGUCUUCCUCCGCUUAUCUUGCCUUGGCCGUAUCCACUCCGUGGUUUAUUCGUAUUAAGUUUCGAAAAACGUUGAUUAGUGAAGUGAAACCGGUGUGGUGCCGCCUGGUGUUGGUGCGUGCGUCGCGUCGCCAAGGCGUCAGCCUGCGUUUGUAGAAGUCCUGUGCUUGCCAGUGUCAUCUGCACCGCGCGGGGUCUCAUUAAUGUAUUUUUUUUUAUAAAUAUCCUUCAAAAUAAACGUUUACGUACGCUUUG